GAAAAAUCUCAAACAAUCUAAAGACAAAAAAAAGCCAAAUCUUGAAAAUUUUAAUUCCUUUUUACCCUUGGGUGUUUCCAAAAUUGGAAGAUUAUCCUAGGAAGAGGAAGACUUAAAGUAAGCUGGUGAUCCAUCCCAGGAAACAUACCUGGAGAAUCAUCCAGGACAAAGGGUCCCAAACUCUGGUAAAAUCCACAGCUGUCCCCUCUCUACUCUGCCUGUGACAAACCAGCCCUAACCACAGGAGACAAGGUGAGGACAGUGUUCCUGACAGAAGACUCAUGUACCCUUAGGGGCCUGCAGAAGUUCUCAGGGGACCUGAAGGCCAUUCCACUACUCCGGAAAGCCUGACGGAAGGAAAUUCUACAGCUUCCCAAGUACUGAUGCCUUGGCCAAUGAGAUCAGUGUUUCUUGGCUCGAGGCUUCUAGCAACCCAGCCAGGCAAGGUUGGUGGUCUCAACUAUCAGAAGCUCCACCUGGCAAUUAAUUGGAUAUGUCCUUGGCACGUACAUCCCUCUGAAAUUCAUAGAAUUUUGAGAUUUGGACGACUUCAGUUAUUUCUCCAUCUGGGAUGAUGAGCAACCUAUCAUCACUGUCAAAGCCCCACGACCAACCCCCAUGAUCAGCCCUCCUUACACUGCACCUUGGAAUGUACCAAACUUUAAAUUAUCUCAUCACCAAGAACUAAGAGUGGUGACCACAAAUUCCACAAAUUCCUGCAGCUCUGCACGCCACUGGCAUACCCACAGGACCAGUUCUCCAUGCUCCUUGGGACCACAGGCACCUGGGCCCACCUAGUGCGCUACCAUCCCACUCUCCUCGACCUCCACCCUUGGGGAAGGCGGCAUUGAUCAGGAAUUAAGUGCCUAUGCUCAGGGGCAGGCUGCCCGGGCUCUGUCUCCACACCUUCCUUACAGCUUGUGAAACUAGGGCUGCCUGCCAGGCAUCACGUGACUGUCUGGUGCAACAGAGGUGCAUAAGGCAGCCCUAGCCUUGAGGAACAGGGCUGCAAAGAAUGAUGAAUCACUGGGAGAAGCGCUGCAGCAGCAGUGAUGGAGGGGCGAAGCUGGGGAGACAAGGAAGGGGCGAGAGGAGCAUGAGCAAAGGCACUGUCGGGGAUGCUGCAGGCUGCUGAGCACCACCCUCUCACUCCCCCAGCUGCCGGGAGCAAUGGAUGCUGAUGGCUCAGUGGACUUGCCCUUGGCUGGAGCGAGCUGCCUUGCCCAAUGUUAGGCUCCCUCCCCAGGGGAAGCCUGAAUCCAGGGAUUGGUCAUUAGGUGACUACAAAGGGCCGGCCCCCUUGCCUCAGUUGAGCACGACACUGAAGGGCCAACCCAGCUGCAGAGGAUCAGCCCCACAGGCUCAGCCGAGGCCUCUCAGGUCAGCCCCUUCCUCUACCAUUCCUGGUCCCAUCACUCCAGGAGAGGUAUGUACCCCCAAAACCCUUCUGCACAGAAGCCUACCUCAGAGCGUGUGUCCCAGGGAGCCCAAGACAUGUGGAGGCGUGGAAGUGUAAAGGUACCUACCGUGUUCCAGAAAGCAUGGAAAGCCAUGUUCUAAGGCUGCUGGGCUAUAGGAUGUGGAGAGUGUAGGACUCCUGUGCAGGCGUCUCCUCCUGCAUUGUGAUCUGAACAUCCAGUGAUGGACAUGUAUCUACUUUUUUUUCAGGAAUCUAGCCUGCAACUCUGCCCAGUGCCACAGAGGCCUGACCCAUUAUAAGAUUAAACUGCUUACAACUUUGGGGAAAGGGCAGUUUAGAACCCCAAUACGUAACAACAAAGAAGUGUUUGGGAUCAUUUUAUUGAUGCUUUUGGAACGUCAAAGCUAAAAAGCAGCCUUAGAGCACAUCCAGUCCAAGAACCCUCCGUUAUCACGUGGAAAUGAAGCCCCAGAGAGGUGACGUGACUUCAGGUGAACGCACAUAGGGUCAGGGCCACCAGCGGAACCCAGGUCUCCUGGCCUCCAGUCCAUUGGUCUCUCCACCUCUCCUUGGGCAAAUGUCUGCAGACUACGGCUGACCGUACCUCCUGAGAGUCCAGUGUCUGAGUCAAGUGGAAAGAAGGUUGAAAGAAGAGAGAAGUAUCGUGACCUGAGCAAUGGGGAACCCACCAUGAAACUCCCUCAGGGUGUUGUCUAUGGUGUGGUACGAAGAUCAGAUCAAAACCAGCAGAAAGAAAUGGUGGUGUAUGGGUGGACCACCAAUCAGCUGAAAGAAGAGAUGAACUACAUCAAAGACGUAAGAGCCACUUUGGAAAAUGUAAGGAAGCGAAUGUAUGGAGACUAUGAUGAAAUGAGACAGAAGAUUCGACAACUCACCCAGGAACUGUCAGUUUCACAGGCUCAACAGGAUUAUCAGCAGAAUUACAUCCAAACCCAGUCGUCAGCCCUGGACAGUUUUAAUACCAUGAACUCGGCUUUGGUGUCGGACUCCAUCGGCCUGCAGAAAACCCUUGUGGAUGUUACUUUGGAGAAUAGCAACAUUAAGGCUCAAAUCAGAAAUCUGCAGCAGACAUAUGAAGCCUCCAUGGACAAGCUGCGGGAAAAGCAGAGGCAGUUAGAGGUAGCACAGGUUGAAAACCAGCUGUUGAAAAUGAAGGUGGAAUCCUCCCAAGAAGCCAACGCAGAGGUGAUGAGAGAGAUGACCAGGAAGCUGUACAGCCAGUAUGAAGAAAGGCUGCACGAAGAGCAGCAGAGGCACAGUGCCGAGAGAGAGGCGCUCCUGGAAGAAACCAAUAGUUUCCUGAAAGCCAUUGAAGAAGCCAAUAAAAAGAUUCAAGUGGCAGAGAUCAGCCUAGAGGAGAAGGACCAGAGGAUCGGGGAGCUGGACAGGCUGAUUGAGCGCAUGGAGAAGGAACGCCAUCAACUUCAACUCCAGCUCCUGGAGCAUGAAACAGAAAUGUCAACGGAAAUUACCAAUUCUGACAAAGAAAGGUAUCAGCGGCUGGAGGAGGCAUCGGCCAGCCUCCGGGAGCGGAUCCGACACCUAGAUGACAUGGUGCAUUGCCAGCAGAAGAAAGUCAAGCAGAUGGUUGAGGAGAUUGAAUCACUAAAGAAAAAGGUGCAGCAGAAACAGCUCUUAAUAUUGCAGCUUUUAGAAAAGAUAUCGUUCUUAGAAGGAGAGAAUAAUGAACUACAAAGCAGGUUGGACUAUUUAAUAGAAACCCAGCCCAAGACUGAAGUGGAAACCAGAGAGGUUGGAGUGGGCUGUGAUCUUCCACCCAGCCAAACAGGCAGGACUCGUGAGAUCGCAGUGGCUUCCAGGAAUUAUACCCCAUACACACGAGUCCUGGAGUUAACCAUGAAGAAAACUCUGACUUAAGCACUUGGAGACGUGCACUUUUCACUGAUGGACAAAGGCCCUGGAACCCUGCGGCCUGAAGUCUGGAAAGGGUGACUGUUGCUUCGUCCUAUACACUGUUUAAGCUGCAGUGGAAACUGCUGAGGUUCUGAUCCACUUCUUAAACAUGAAGGAAAGUGGAGGGGGAGGGGGAAGGCAGGAGAGAGAGGUUUCAAGGUCAUAUUUCAAACACCCAACCAGUGUAUGUACCCUGCUGUACUGGGCCGUCAUUAGCUUUCCAUGCGGACACUGAGUCCUGUCAGGAGAAAUCCCUCACUAUUUUCUGUUUUACUAGAAUUCGGCUGGGAGGAAAUAAGGCAUUAUCUUGAAAUUUCAUGUUACUUAUUGCCAGGAUCAUUUGUUACAGCAUGAAGGUUUUAUUUACCCGUAGAAGUAUUAGAGGCGGUGUUUCUCUGCUACAGGGAAGCCUGUCCACAGGAGUGCAGGCACAUGGGGAAAUGUGACCCUGGGAAGGAAGGGGCAGGUGUCGAGGACCUGUGCAGGGGUGUGGGAGCCUCGGCUGCAGCCGGUCCUCGUGUGGGCAAACACGCUUCAUUCUGACGUGCUAACCCCUUGGUUUACUUUGUGCCUUAUGCCUUUCAGGGGCCAGCUGAAAUCACUGUAUUUAUUCAACCUGUGAUUUAUUUUUUCUUUCUUUCUCACUUUAACUGAAAGAGAAUUUUAUAUGUUGUGGAAAUUUAAUCACUUAAUGUUUUUGAUAUCAGUUGGUGUUUUUGUUAAAGGAAUGAGUGAUUUGUUCAAGCAUGCUCUACUUUGAUAUUAUAACCUAUGUCACAUGUUUAAUAAAUGCCAUAUAUUUUGUUCUA